GCGAGUGCGAUCGAUUUCGAUGAUUUGCAGCUAAUUUUGAAAGACUGCAAGAACUUUCAAGCGUUUUCGAAACCACAUUCACGUUUUAAAUAUACAUUUUAUGUCGGUCAAAUCGUUCAUAUGCAUCUUAUUUGCAAAAUUAACGAUGAAAUCCUGCGUAAGCAUAAAACUCCGUAUCAUCCCCGCUCCCCAGUUUCUUUGAAUGUUAUUGCGAAUUUGAAACGCCAGAUUGCCUCUGCGUUUGAUGUAAAAUGUGCUGUCAAGGGACUUUGUAAGAAGCACUUGCAGAAGGAAAAAGAUUUUGAAGGCUUUACUCAUUGCAACGUAAUUGCCAGCCAUCGUGUUGGAAGUGCAGAAAAUCAGACAGAGGCGUUCCUGUCGGAGGAUAAAUGCUUCUACCAUGUUCCAUUGGAAGUUAGAAUUCUGGACAUUCCCAGUCACUGCAAGAAUGCCGAGAUUUGCGUACAUGUGAGACCGUCUAGCAAGUUAGGUCCAUCAUGGCUCAGUAGUCCUACUAAACCAGAGUCACCAAGUGUGGAUGAUGAAGACCUGUCUGCACAAACCACAGGAAAGAUGGUGUCACAGGUAGUGAGGGUUAUACAGCCACCAGAGAUAUCAGUUCAGCAAUGUCAUGUUGGAAAUCAGGAAAUAAUCUUUCUUAAAGUGAAAAAUACCACACCUUACGCAGUGAAUGUAGAAGGGUGUGAAAUAUUGCCUGAAUGUUGUCCUAAGUCAGCGGCCGGCAGCCAGUACUGUAGCAGCAGACCUGAAGCCACACAUGUGUGUGUUGUUCAUGCUAAUAUGGUGAAGAUAAUGUCUGAUGACAGCUUGUUACCACUGGUACUGAGACCUGGAGAAUGUGUGUCACUAUGCUACACGCUUAAUGUUACACAGUGUGAGGCAAGCUUUCCCAAAGAUGAUGUUGUUUUGGAAGCACAUCUUAAAUGGAACUUUCUGGGAGAAAAUGACAGCAGACAGGCUGCACAGGCUGUGACAACUGUUUAUAGAUUGCAUAGCCUGAAGGUUAAGAAAGGUCUGUUUGUGAUGUCAGUAACAUGUGAUGAUGCCAAUGUGAAAAAGGGACAGAGUUUUACAGUUACAUAUACUAUUCACAAUAAGCUUCAAGAUUUCCUGUCAAUCAAGUUACACUGGUGCCCAGUUCUAGCAGGUCAUGCCAGUAUGGGGACACUAUCCAAGCUAAAGUCUCAUUUUACGCCAUAUCCAAAGGCCUUUAUGAGGUGUGUAAACAUAUGAAGAUUAAUCUGAGGUAUCUUAUACCAGGAUCAGACAAUAAUUCCUUGGCCAGUCCAACAAGCCAAAGUUCAGCUGUAUCAGAUGAUCACUUGGGUGUGGUACCUGACCAGUUGUGGCGGACCCGAAGUGGGAG